AUGUCGCACAUCCCCGCACACGUCGCCGACACCAAGCCCGUAGAGACCGCUCAUCCUGAUAACCUCCCGGCUGCAUCUCAAGAUCCAGGAAUUGCGGCCUCCGCGCUCGAGAAGUUGGUCGAGCACUCGGAGGACCAUGGUGACGUCAAGCACGGUAUCCAUGCGCCAAUGCACAUGUUGCAUAACAUCCCACUGGUUAAUAAACUCGUUCCGGGAAUCGAGCAGCUCGCGAGCCAGUACCAUGUCGGGAACUUUGUGAUCGUCCGUUCAACAGGCGAGCGCAUAUUUGAAAGCAUGCCUAUCUACCCGAGACUGGGGAUGCACCUGCUAUUUUACGGCGGCACACAAGUCAAACUCCUCCACAACAAAUCUGUUGAGACCGUCCUCAAGGAUCUCUCCAUUCGCCAAGGCAAGAUAUACGACUCCCCAGAGUCGGUCAAGUCUAUCCCGUCCUUUAUAGAGACGUAUGGCAUCAGCGUAGACGAAUUGGAGCAACCAGACAUCACCAAAUAUGCCUGCUUUAACGACUUCUUUUACCGGAAGUUGAGGUCGGACGUCCGCCCCGUCCAGAAUGCGGCCGAUAUUUCCGGGUUCUGCAGCGCGGCAGAUUGUCGACUGACGGUGUACCCCAGUGUCGAUCUUGCGAAACAGUUUUGGAUUAAGGGUAGCAACUUCACCAUCCCCAACCUACUCGGAGUCGCAGCAGACUCGGAACAAGCCCGUACAUUCGAGGACGCGAGCGUCGCCGUCUUCAGGCUAGCUCCCAUGGAUUAUCACCGCUUCCACAGUCCGAUCGACGGUAUAAUCGGGGAUGUUACGGAGAUUGCGGGCGAGUACUACACCGUCAACCCACAAGCGGUGAAUGAGCCUGGGUUCGAUGUGUUCACCGCCAAUAAGCGCGCAGUGCUGUAUAUGACGCACACGCACACGCAUACGCCUGUCGCGUUCGUAGCCAUUGGCGCCAUGCUCGUCGGCAGCAUCAAGUGGACCGGGGGCGCGCAGAAGGGCGCGAACGUCAAUCGCGGCGAUGAGCUUGGCUACUUCGCGUACGGCGGGAGCACCGUCGUCGCGCUCUUCCCGAAGGGGCUCAUGCGGUUCGACGACGAUCUGAUUAAGAACGCGGCCGUACCAAUCGAGACUCUCGUCAAAGUCGGCGAGUCGCUCGGGACGACCGUGCUUCCGGCCGCUUGA